UUGAUCUAAAGAUUGAUGUGUUUUGCUGCUGUAGCUGCAGGCAGUGCUUUCUGCCAAGCUGCAAGACUUCACAUGCAGAUGCAGAACAAACUGGACUCAGCCACCAGUCUUCGUUACGCCCCUUUUCAUUUAACGGCUGUCCUGCAUGCUGGAAAUGCUUAUAAGAAGGCAGAUCCUCAAGAGGCUAUCAACUGUUUAAACGCAGCCAUCGAUAUUUAUACAGACAUGGGAAGGUUCACGAUCGCUGCAAAGCAUCACAUGACUAUUGCAGAGAUCUAUGAAUCCGAGCUAGUGGAUAUCGAAAAGGCCAUCGCCCAUUACGAGCAGGCCGCAGACUAUUACAAAGGCGAAGAGUCAAACAGCUCUGCUAAUAAGUGUCUGCUGAAGGUGGGCUCGUACAGCGCUCAGCUCGAGCAGUAUCCCAAAGCCAUCGAGAUCUUUGAGCAGGUUGCAACCAGCACGAUGGACAACCCUCUGCUGAAAUACAACGCCAAAGAGUACUUCUGGAAAGCAGCUCUCUGCCACUUCAUAGUGGAUGAAUUAAACGCAAAGCUUGCCAUUGAAAAGUAUGAAGGGAUGUUUCCGGCAUUCUCUGAUUCAAGAGAGUGUAAGCUGUUGAAAAAACUACUGGAGGCUCAUGAGGAGCAGAACAAUGAGGCGUUCACUGAAGCCGUGAAGGAGUUUGAUUCGAUCUCCCGUCUUGACCAGUGGCAGACCACAAUGUUGCUGCGUAUCAAGAAGACCAUCCAGGGUGAUGGCGGCGACCUCAAGUGAUGUGUCCAAGAAAAAUACUGUGGCAUCCUAUCUAGUUUAAUUUCUUACCGUAUCGUAUAUGUGUGACAAUCUGGUUGAACAUUUCUGUAUUGAUACUAGCUCAAAUAUAAACCAUUUCUUGGAAAGUUCAAAUGCAACUUGCAUUGCAUUUGGGAAAACAGAAGUAUAUAGAAUAUUAAUAUGGAUAAAGGCAUUUCUCUAUCCCUUUACUUCACCAUGAGGAAAUCUUUCCCGUACACCGUUGUUUGUACUUGUGUGUGUGGCAUGUGAGACCCCAUAGAGCUGUUCUCUUUCUAAUGUUCACCUCAGUGUUGUCACUGGCAUUGUCAUGCAUGAUAAAUGUUAAAAGUGUGUUUAUGUGCUGUAGAAUACCAGGAUUUUGUGAGUGCACUUUAUUUCUGCUGUCUGUUUAGAUGCAUUUUCGUGCCAUUGGCUUUUAAAAUGCAUCCUCACAUUGUCUUUGUUGAUGUGGCAGUGUCAGUUCUGUCCGAGUAUUUGCUUUAGUGGUUGAAUUAAGCGUUGCAUGUUUCAUAAUCAGUAGAAUAGCGUCUCUUGCUCACUUUGGUGGUGAAGUGCUCAGCUCAAGUGAUUUUUCACAGUGUGAUAUUACAGAUUACAGACAGCGUUGAUUUUCUAAUGCAGAUCGAGUUGUUGAAUAUGUAUAUAUAAGUUUUGAUUGUUGAUUUAUUCUGGUAUUAUUUGUGAUUUUAUGUUUAAUCUGCUUCACAUGGAUACGGGGCAUUUGUUGUUUUGGGCAUUCAGAUCCUAUGAAUUAUAAUUUCAGUUUAAAUGCUACUUGGUUUUUAAAUUUCUUUACACUGUUGUAAAUCCUUUAGUGGAGAAUAAACAGCUUUACACUUUGUGUCAGUAAUUAAAUGAUGUUAAUUGAAUCUGAUAUAUUAAACCAUCUAAUAUGUUGUAUGACUGACAGGGAAUCAAAAAUGUAGGAUAGAUGGCAAGUCUUACUGAUACAUUUUAUUAAUGUUAUUUAUUCAAAGAAAAAUGAAUAAAUGAUCACCCACACCA